GUGGUGCUGCGCCCUUCCCGUCCGAUGCGUAAAAGAGCACCAUGACUAGCAGAGCACCGGCAGGCUUCACACACUUUGCCAGAAAGAGCCAAGCCGGCGUGAGAGUGAGUUGAGUAACAAAGAGAGUGUGGGAGAGCCCUCCCCCCGUCAAAUGUAUCGAUGGAUCCACACCUUCAUAACCCAACUCUUCUUCAGCCUCGCGCAGAUGGCCAAAGUGUCCAAACCAGACCGUGAAACUCUUCAGCCAAUAGAUUAGUUAUUUAACUCUUCAUCCGCUGCUUUGUUGUACUUAGCGUGUAGUGAAAGUCAAAGUAGCCACACACCCUCUGGCCCCAAAGCACUUGGCUACACGUGAAUGCCUGCCGGUCUCCCAGCGCACUCCACGCUUGCGCUAGUUAUGCCAUGCCGCGAAGUCAUACCGGCGACGAAAGCGGCGGCAGCGGGAUCUGGCUAAAGACCUCGACUGGACGUCGGGGGCAGGACUACCCACUGAAAGAUGUGGAGUGCGGACGGCAGACUAUGAAUAACGUUGUGGGAGUCGGGGACGGUCUCCUGUCUCCAGCCGCGGCAGGUGCGGUGGGAGCGGAGAGGAAACAGGGCGCCCGCCUGAGUCUGCUGGGGAAGCCGCUGACCUACAGCGCGCAGAGCAACCGCAGAAACGCACGCUACCGGCGGCUCCAGAAUUACCUCUACAACGUUUUGGAAAGACCGAGGGAAUGGGCUUUUGUCUACCACGCUUUUGUGUUUAUCCUGGUAUUCGGAUGUCUAGUUCUCUCUGUGUUUUCCACCAUCCCUGCUCACCAGGAGUUCUCUUCGCACUGCCUGCUCAUCCUGGAGUUUGUGAUGAUUGUAGUGUUUGGCCUGGAGUACAUCAUCAGGAUAUGGAGUGCUGGCUGCUGUUGCCGCUAUCGAGGCUGGCAGGGACGUCUCCGCUUUGCCAGAAAACCGUUUUGUGUCAUAGACAUCAUCGUACUUAUCGCCUCAGUUGCUGUGGUUUCAGCUGGUAGCCAGGGUAACAUCUUUGCCACAUCUGCGCUGCGUAGCCUUCGCUUCCUUCAGAUCCUGCGCAUGGUGCGCAUGGACCGUAGGGGAGGGACCUGGAAACUGCUUGGAUCUGUAGUUUACGCACAUAGUAAGGAGCUGGUGACUGCCUGGUAUAUAGGGUUUCUGGUGCUGAUCUUCUCCUCCUUCUUGGUCUAUCUGGUGGAGAAAGAAUUCAACAAGGAGUUUGCCACCUACGCCGAUGCUCUGUGGUGGGGCACGAUCACCCUUACAACCAUUGGCUACGGUGACAAGACCCCACAGACGUGGACAGGGCGGUUAUUAUCAGCGUGUUUUGCUCUGCUGGGGAUCUCCUUCUUUGCCCUGCCAGCUGGCAUCCUAGGUUCAGGCUUUGCCCUGAAGGUGCAGGAGCAGCAUCGACAAAAGCACUUUGAAAAAAGGAGGAACCCAGCUGCCAGCCUCAUCCAGGCAGCUUGGCGUAUGUACUCCACCGACGGUGCUCGUCCCUACCUCAGAGCCACCUGGCACCACUACCAAAGCGCUCUCCCCCCCCUCAGGCAUGUAUCCCCUCCACCAGCACCACCACCAUCACUGCCCCACCUCCCUUCAACAUCCCCCAACCGCACCGCAUCAACACUCCCCCCAAAAACUAAUCAGUGUGUCUGGCGUAGUUAUGCUGCUGAUGAGAACUCGGUUUCCAUUGCUACCUGGAAGCCUCAUUUGAAGGCGUUGCAUACCUGCAGCCCCGCCAAGAAAGAGCAGGGCGAGGCUACUUACAGUCAGAAGUUGAGCUUUAAAGAACGGGUCCGCAUGGCGAGCCCUCGUGGUCAGAGUAUGAAGAGCCGGCAGACGUCCAUGAAUGACCGCCAACGCUGUUCCCCUGGCAACGAGAUGGUGGGCAGCACAGAACUGAUGGGUGGCAGCCCUGCCAAAGUGCAGAAGAGCUGGAGCUUCAAUGAUCGGACCCGGUUUAGGCCGUCUCUGAGGUUGAAGAGCCAGCCUCGUACAGCUGUCCCAGAUGUGGACACAGGCAUGACCACAGAGGAAUCCUUUGAUGAGCGAGGGUGCCACUGCGAUGUUACUGUGGAGGAUCUAUCAGCACCUCUCAAGGCUGUCAUCAGAGCUGUCAGGAUCAUGAAGUUCCACGUAGCAAAGAAGAAGUUUAAGGAGACGCUGCGUCCGUAUGACGUGAAGGACGUGAUUGAGCAGUACUCUGCAGGUCACCUGGAUAUGCUCUGUCGCAUCAAGAGCCUUCAGACCAGGGUGGAUCAGAUCUUGGGAAAAGGCCAGAUUCCUGUGGAUAAAAAAAUGAGGGACAAACUGCACCCAGAUGGAGACUCUCUAGAGGGCAUGAGCAUGCUUGGACGUGUGUGUAAGGUGGAGAGGCAGGUAACUUCCAUUGAAUCAAAGUUGGACUCGUUGCUGGAUAUUUACCGCCAAGUCCUACAGAAAGGCCCCUCAGCACUCACCCUCUCCUCCCUCCCCCUGUUUGAGCUGGAGAACCAGCACCAUAACUCGGACUACCCAACCUCAAUCAUUGGCAGGGAUCUUCCCUCCCCUCAGGGAGGUGAGCCUGUUGGAAGCGGAGGAGACAACAGUGGCGGCAUGCGUCGUUCUCUCAAUCCCAACCCGAGAGGCUUGCGGCUCAUCCUGGCACCAGCUGAUGACGAUGCUCCUCCAGACUCAGCACCUCCAUCCUAUCCACCAUCCACAGCCUCGCUCUCCCCAUCACCUCUGCUGCCCCCUGAUAGCCCUUAUCCAACUUUGGUCACCACCAAUGGUACCCCGAAAAAAGCACACUUCCCUGAUCUGCCGCCCCCACCUUCCUCGACGGGGAAUUUCACUCUUCAGCUCCCCCCUAUGGUACACCCCUCUCACCUCCGAUGCCCUGCUGACCCCAUUUCAGAUGAUCUGACAGAUGGAGUGGCAGUGGACGAGGAAAGCUCUGGCCCCUCUGUUGUUGUAGGAUGCGGUGUGGAUUCUGACCAAGAAGCUGACAACCAGGCAGCCUUUGGCCAGGGAACGGUUCAGCUGCGGGAGAAGCCUAGCUUGAAAUCUGAGGGGGUCUGGAGGAGGCACAUGAGCCUUGAGGUGAAGCCCUUGCUGCUUCUCUCUUCGAGCCCAGAUGGGAGGGCUUCAGACUGGGAAGGUGGUCUUGGGAAGUCGAUCUCUGUGCAGAACCUCAGUCAACCUUUGACCAACCGUGCCCCUGGUCUCUCCUCUGCACUCAACAACAGCAGCAGCAGCAAUGGUAGUGAACGCAGCAAUGCCCAUGAUGAUCUUAACAACUGGGAUGAUACAGAACUCUUUAUUAGAGAGUGCAAACUACAAACAUCAGAGGAACAUUUUGACUUCCUGUCACAGGGACCUGGCAGCAGCACCUCAGACCUUUUAAAGACUGUGGAGGAGGCUGCACCUCACCCAAAAGCAAAGUCAGAGUUUCUCAGUCAGUCCUCACACAUACAGCUGGCAUAACCACACUUACUGACAGACACACAUUUCCAUACUGUAUGUAAACACCACUGUGGGUGAAGCCACUUUUUAAAAUAUUUUUACAGGGCAGUAAACAGAUUAUGUUGCAAGUUUUACAAAUAAAUCCUUUCUAUAUGAACAAUGUUUUGAUAUUUUGUCUAACACUUUUAUUCCCAGUUGCAUACACACUUUUCAUAGGGUACUAAAAUUACUACAGCCUAUACAGUAAAUGAAUGUACACGUAUGUAUGCAAGUGGUCAUACUCAUGUAAGACAAAAUAUACAAUCAAUACACAAAAAUGAAAAUAAUCUUGCUGGAAAAACAAUAUUUUGAUUUUAUACAAAAAUGACCAAGCUUUUCAUAUUUACUAUCAUAAAUUAAAGAAAAAGAUGCUUAAUUUGAAAUGAAGAGGAAUCAUGGAAGGAAUCCUAAUUUUAUUUCUAGAUCCAGACUUGUUGGAAAAGCUGUAGAUGCAAAUCAAAUAAUGUGGCUCAUUGUGAGAAAAAGUUACUGUCCAACAAUUUUACAUUUUUGCUGAGUCUGGCUCAGCCUGCAAACCCAAUUUGGAGUCUAACUUUUCACUUUACAAAUUAAAGGAUAAUGGAAGAAGAAUGCUGAAUAACUGUCUCACAGCCAGAACUACUUGCAAGGUACAGAGUAGCUUAAGCUCAAAGAAAUCACUCUAACUCAUUGGUCAGCUUCUACGCACGUGGUGAAACCAGCAAUCACAUGUACAUGCACAUCCACCGAACUCUUUCACACUCUGACAGUUGUGACCAUUAACAAUAACUACCAAGAACUCUAAGAAAGGCCAACUUGACAAAGAGCUGAGACUGACUAAGAACUUUUUUUUUUCUUGGAAGAAGCAGAGAGUCACUCACUCUGCUAGUUCACUGUCUGUCUUUGGCAACUUAAAAUGUCAUCUUUUACUUACUGUAUGCUUUCAUACAUAUCACUACAUGGACAGUUUGAAAAACAAAAUAAAAAUAAAGGAAAUAAAGGGCGAGGCCUGGUGUGAGAGAAACAGCUGAAGUAUAAAAACGUAAAGGUUGAACCAGGGUUGCAUGUGUGCAGACUACAGAAAUCUCGUUUUCUUCAUUUCCUACAAUUGCUGAAGUGUUUGUUAAUGUUGAUGUGGUUGGAUGGUUGGUCUAAUCUGUCAGCAAACUGUAACUAAAUUUGAAUGCAGCAGACCUAAUGGGAAGAAAUGUCCUAUCAGCACUGACUUAAAACAAGUGUUGGAAUUUCUCCCACUUGGUUUGGAUAGUAGCCCAGUAAGUUGGAUGCAGCUGUUUUGAAUAUUGAACUGUGGUAGACUUUUAAGUGGGCUUUCUCAGCCAAGCAUGAAAUGCUGCAUGUCUAAGCUGUAAUUCAAAAGUGCUCAUGCAUUUCCUGGUGACUCAGACCUUCAUCUGCAUGUCAAAAUAAUGUUUACUCCAAACUUUUAACAAAAUGGUACGAACAAAGUCUGCCUACAUGAUCAAUAUUAUCUGAACUAAUUUGAUAGAAGUUAAAACCUGUGUUGCUACUUAUGUGGAUAACCCACUUACUAUUUUAUGACAAAACUACAACAUUUAAAGGCCAUUUGUUGUGAUCAAACUAGAAAAACCUCAUUGAUAUUUUCUGUGACUUCUCUGAUCAAGACUGAUCUUAGAUUGAGAUUAUAUGUGGCUUAUAUAAGGACUCUUUUCACCAGGAUGUUGGUACGCACUUCAUCCUCACUCACCUCAGUCCUAAUUAGAAUAUUUAACCAUUCUGGGUUUUAUUGUCACUAUCUCGAAAAUGACUAAAGUGGACCGUUUAUAUUAUGGUACAUUUAAUCUUUAAGGAGAUGUAGAGGCUUGUAUGUUUUCAGUGUUAGAUUUUUGAAAAACUGGUGUCUUGAAAGUGUCUUAAUAAACAGUGUUUGCAUUGCUGCCUUUCUUUCUUUUAGAUAGGUUGACUGGUGUUUAAAUGAGAAUUAUGCACAAAAACUAUGUCAGCCAUCUUCAUUUUUGUUAGUCAUUUUGAUUUGUUUUGUAUGUUGUCACAGAAGUCUUAAAAUGUAUUGUUUGUGCUAUUCGUGUCCUUUUAUUCAUCUUUUUUUUUCUGUUAUAUCCCCAGAGAGUUAAGUGCAUUUCUUAGAAAAUUAACAUCCUGUAAAAGAAUAUAGCAAGUAUUAUCUUCUGACAAAUGACAACUGCUAACACUUGUAGACUGAUUUUAAAGUGUUUUGUUGCCCAUGCAGAAGUUGUUCUGGUAUGAUAAAAUAUAUUGUCAUCAUGAAAGCACAGUGUGUUUCUGUUGAGAUUGACCUGGAAAUGUAACAUUGUAGUUUAUGUUUAUGUAAUAUUGACAUAGGUUUGAGUUGUAGCUAUUGAUUGAGCUUUGUUAAAAAUGAGAACAGGCCAAAUCCAUAAGUAACAAUGAAGCAAGACACCAAACACAGAUGGGACAACCUUAAAAACUGCAAUUGUUGCCCUCCCCUCCCAAAGAAAACAUGCAUAUUUUUGCUGUCUGUAUAUUGCUUGAGAAUCCUUCUGUUAUUUUUUUCUUCUUCACGGAGCUAUAAAGGCCUAGUUUGCCUACAGACUAUGCAUAUUGUAUAGUUGAAGUCAAACUCCUGCUUUUCAGUUGGGCAUCCAGUUCACUUAAGUUAUGUCGCUUUGGUCACAGACUUUAUAUGGCUUUGAUGGCUAAUAAUACCAUUUCUGUAUUGCUUGAACGAUAAUUUAUUACACAACUGGCCUUAAAGCUUGAUAAUGUUAACUUUAUUAUUUCUUUGAAAUUAAUUUAUUAAAGUGCACACUAUGUUCUCUGGAUGAGAAAUGCAAAGAAUUUUAUUAUUCAUUA